AAAGGUCUCUGUCACCCACACUGAUGCAUGGGGAGGACGUAGAGCCCCCUGCACACCAGCUAUCAGACCGUGAAGACGUGCCCUGUGACGUCUGCCACGGGAACAAGGCGCCCUCGAUGAAGUCGUGUCUGGUGUGUCAGGCGUCUUACUGUGAGAUUCACCUCGUGCCUCACCAGAGAGAUCCAGCGCUGCAGAGACACCGCCUCACAGAUCCAGCAAUCUUCAACACCAGCCACCUGUGCAGAAAGCACAACAAGCCCCUGACGAUGUUCUGCAAGCAGGAUCACACACCUGUGUGCUCGAAAUGCACAGAGGGCGACCACAAGCACCACAAGAUUGUCCCUAUGGAGAAGGAGAGCAGGAGGGUGAAGAUGAAUCUGAGGGUGACAAAGUCCGACAUCCAACAGAUGAUCCAGGACAGGCUGAAAAAAAUGGAAGACAUCAAAAGUCCAGUGGAUCUAAGCAAAAGGGCCACAGAAAGAGAGAUCCAGAGCAGUUCUCAGAUCAGCAGCAUGCUGAUAACCGCCAUCGAGAGGCAGCAGGCCGAGCUCGCCAAGGAUCUUGAGGAGAGGCAGAUGGAAGCCGAGAGGAAAGCUGAGGAGCUGCGCGAAGAGCUGGAGAAGGAAAUUCAAGAACUUCAGACGAGGAGUAGCGAGCUGCAGCACCUGGAGCUCACGCAGAGCUCGCUCCACCUCCUACAGAGUUUCCCGUCUCUGAGCAGGCUCCCGGCCACCAGAGAUUGGUCAGAGGUGGCAUUGCACUCCGAUAACUCCCUGGGGAUGGUCAGGAGAGCCCUUUCUAUGCUGGGGGACAUGUGCCAGGAAGUUGCAAACAAACUCUCAGCAGAGGAAGUGGACAAGAUGAGUGCAUAUGCAGUCAAUGUGACCCUGGAUCCCGAGACAGCUUCAGGCUGGCUGGUUCUGUCCACAGAUAAAAAGAAGGUGAGCCUCGCCAGCCAGAAGAAGAAGACUCUGCUCCCAGACAGUCCCCAGCGGUUUGACUCCUGCGUCUGCAUUUUGGGGAAACAAAGCUUCACAUCUGGAAGACGCUACUGGGUAGUUCAGGUGGGAUCAGGAUCUGAAAGUCAUGUCCUUAAGAAAUAG